UAUUAAGCCACCAAUAACUGGCCAUGGCACAGUGCACGCAAACAGCGUUCGAGUUUAUACAGAGCGCAUUUUGCCCGAUGGUUGCAGUGAUGUGUAGUGAGGAUGCUGAUAAAGUUUGCCAGAAAAACAACUUAAGCUUCGUGGAAAUGGUGCGACCGUUUUGUCAUCUUACGAGUGAAGGUAAUUAUUAUAAGAUUAAGAUAGCCUUGUUAGUUGUUAGAUCAUCGUUUGUGCUAUUGUUAAUGAGUUUUUGUUUGAUAAAUAAAUACCAAGUACUGAAAGGCUGUAAAACGUCGUCAAUGCAUUCACUUAAUCGUUGAAUGUAAGUAAUUAUCGAUUAAUUAACCGUCGAUUUUGCGUUGAACUUAAUAAAUUUUUAAUUGUUGAUUUCCCUUCAAGCGGCAUUGUUGUAAAAUGUAUUGUAAUUAUUAUUCUUUGAGCAAUCAAAAAGUUGAUUCACAGUCGCAGUUACAAAACUAUGUACCUAAGUCAACUGUGGUGAAUUUCAUUUUUAUUUCUUAAAAUUAAACUAAAACAUAAUGAUCCAUUUGUAAGGCGUGAUAAUCAGCAUGUAGUUAUCUUUGCCAUUCAUUUACCAAGCUUGAAAUGAACGAUCUUUCACUAUUUCAUGAACCGUCAUUUCUUGAGCCAUUAUUGUAGUUUUGAAAGCUACAGGCCCCCGAUUGUUCAAACUUUGGACAGUGCUAUCCACCAGAUAGAUCAUUACCCAAUUUAUAAGUAUUCGGGAAAUCAAUUGCAUUUUCCUAUGAAUAAAAAUUUAUCUAUUUAUCUUUUUGAACAACUGGCUGCUGUGCUGAGGUAGAAUUUUGGAUCUCUCUUUUGAACAUCCAUCCCCUUCCAACACCAAUAUGGACACCUAUUUAAAGAAAUGGCUUUUCAAAAGUUUUUUUUGAGAUGGAGACACGCAUCCAAUAGGGCAUUAAGAGCUUGCUGUCAGAUAGCCUGCGACUAGUGGUGCAGCCCAUAAUGCUAGAGAGUUGUCCUUUGGACAAGUAAAAUUUUUCAAGCUAAAGUAAAAUACUGUUACUGAAAAGCAACAACAUCAACAACAAAUUUUAUUGAAAAUUGGAAAAUAACUAAUUACAUUACUUUCCCACCCGCAAAUAGCUUAUAAACUAAUCGAGGCGGGGGGAGCUGAAGACAUGUUACAAAACAAGAUUUAUAUAUAGAUGGACUAAAUAACAGUGAGGACACUACUGUACAGUAAAUAGAAUUUAAACUAACAUAAAACAAGGCAAGUACAUAACGAUUACGAAGAGAGGCUAACCUAAAGUAUUAAAUAACUUAGUAAGACGGGAGACUUUGAUAUAAUCAUCUUCUGACUGCAAGAAAUUUAGUAAUAAUUCCUUUAUUUUUUUACGAAAGGACGAAUGUUUAAGUAUUUUAAUCGAAUGAGGAAUAGAGUUCCAAAUUUGGGCAAAAAGUGGGGUUGGUAGUGUAUACGACUGUUCCAGGGGCCCAUUUCUUGAAAGUCCCAAUAAUUAAUGGGCCUGUAAAGCUGUUGUUGUUUACAUGCAAGGUAGAGGUUUCAAUAGUUUUGCAUCUAACAUGAUAAAACUAUCAGUUGAUGAAGCAGAAUGGAGUAGUUUGCUAGCCGGAACCCGCGCUCUUAUUCUUUAUAUUUUGCUUUGAAAAUUUGAUUUCGGGGCCCGAAACGUUACCGGGGCUUUCGAGAAACUGGCCCUACGCUAGUAAACCUUAGCAACGGCUUGCCCAAAGUUCUUCAUCUCACCUUGAUUCAAUCUUGAAUGAAGAACUACAUUAGGAAAAUCCAAACAAGAAAAAUGUGGCAGCCAUAUGUACAUAAUUAUACAUUAACUGAAUAUUAUUUAUGAAGUAAAUAUUUAUGUCUUUGAUGUACAAUGUACAUGAAGGCAUUAUAAUCUUAUGCAAAAAAGUAAUAGUGCCACACAGUAUUAUUAGUAUUUGUUUACACAACCAUUUAUGCAUUGCACCUUGUAUUGCUUGAAUUGUAGCUCAUGCCCGCGAUCCCUCUGGUGUAAUCCAUGCUGUGAGAAACUGGCGCAUCAGGCUGGUUGAAAUGUCAGCAACACAUCCACCUCAGCAUGUUGUGAAUAAACUUUUGAGUGAAGUUGUGUCACGAACUCAGCCACUAAAUACUGAUCCUAGCACUUUAACUCCUGAAGCACAGAUGAAAGGUAAGAACAUGAAGGACAACUGGGCUGACAUUAAGGUAGUGGGAAGUGGGAAGUGUUCUGGUAAAUGUUGAUAUAUAUAUGUGAGAUAAAAAAUUAUGCCAUGUAUUUGUCACUAUUUUAUUUAUUUUUACUCAGAGAUAAACAUUAUACAGUGGAACCCCGCCUUACGACCACCCCGUUUAUAAGACCACCUUGUUAUUACGGCCAUAUUCUUUCAAACCAAAAGUAAAAAACAUUGACUCAUUUUAUUAUUUUGAAGACCCCGUUAAUGCGACCACCUUGUUAUUACGACCAGGAUUUUAUAGCCCAACGGUGGUCGUAUUAACGGGGUUCCACUGUAAGGCCUUUUUGGUAGUUGAAUUAACCCAUGCCUCUGGAAAUUUUGCUGAAAAACACUGUUUGACGCUAGUCAAGCCAUUUUCUAAUCAACCCAAACUGCUUGAAACAUUGUUUAUAGGUCAUGAACUAUGCUCUCUUUUGUUCCCAAUUACAUUGUUCAAAUUUUGGGUGGGUGUGCAGAAGGCAAAAGUUUGAGUUUUUGGGUUUAAAAGUUACACAGCCCCCUUGAAUUUUACCUUCCACAUUUUCUCCUUGGACCACGGUGUGGUGUUUGUUUGUGAAGGUUUAUGUUAACAGAGGUUGGACUGCAUGUAAUAAUAAUACAUGCAGUUGAUUAUUGUAAGCUCAGUUAGUGUUAUUGGUGAUGGAUUAGUGGGUAAGCAACAAGUGGCUGUGAUCACUUCCAGCAUGUUUCAGCUGAAAAUUCAUAUACUAGUUUUGUUUCAGAAAUGUUUCCCCCCCUAAAAAUUGUUUUUCAGUAGGUUAUAACUGUGUACUUACUUGUUUCUGGUCUGUUUAUUUCUUUACAGCCUCUGCACCUUGGUUUGAAGCAUUUCGAGAUUGCUUUUUUCAGCUAGUGAAGCCAUCAGAUCAUGAAUUUAUCAGACACUUUUUAGCUUGUAUCCUUCAGGCAAAUUUUAUUUUCAUUUGUGUCUGAGUAUUGUAAUUUGUUAAAAAAACUAGUUACUGUUGUAAUGAAAAUAGGUUAAAACAAAGUACAGGGAUGUUGCUAUAUUAUUUUUUAAAAGAGCCUGCUACUGGCUAAUUUCACCAACUGUAAAAGACAAAGGGAAAGAAAGACAUGGGGAAAUUUUAUAGAUGCAGUUGAGUGAACAAGCCAGCUUGACUAAUAAAAAAAGCCUGCGAGGGUCCAGGGGGUAUGAACCCUCCCUAACAGACCUGACACUUGUUUGAGACUGAAAUUCUUACAUUGACAGGAUUGUCUAUCACUUUUUAACUGGCUGAUUUUUUUAAUGAAACACGCAUUGCAUUACACCGCUAAACUAAAUUCCAGGGAUAUUCAAAAAUGUAAUUGUUUUUGGGUACCCUCCUAUGAUCUGUUUACUUAAGCUCGCAAGGUGGUAUUUCCUGCACCAUUGGUGAGUGGCGUUCACAGAUUGAGGAACACGUGAGAAGUAAUUUGCCUGGGAAGGGGGGGUGGGAGUACUUGGGUUAAUGUGCCGCUGGUCUCUCAGAGUCCCUACCCCAUUAUAGUCUAUUUUUUGGCCAACUAUAGACCCCAUCUUAGUCACUUUUUGGAAAAUGUAAUUUUUGCGAUCCCAACUUUCUCUUUCUGUCUAUACAUCUACCUUAUCAAUGUGGUUUAAAGUGGUGGAAUGCAAUGCGGUCAAUGCGAGCUUAUUGUUAAAUUUAAUAAACAACAACUUUCUGAUUUUUUAACCGAGAAUCUUCCUAUUUUGAAUUCCUUUUUUGCGGUUAAUAUCUCAUGUAAGACUCCUACUUACCCCAAAAAUCUGAAAAUUUGCGACCCCAUCCUAGUAACUCUAUCGAAAAUGCGACUCCAUUAUAGUCACUCCAGCCGUGAAAAUGCGACCCCAUCCAGCGGCACAUCCCUAUUAGCCCUUUUAAGGAGAACCCCCGGUAAUUUGCCACAAAAAAGUUCCACAGUCUUCUUUCUCUGAACCAAAGUUUGGACUCCCCGUAUAUUUUCCUUAGUUACAUCCCUGAAAGGAUGAAAUUGAACCAUAACAUCCCUUGCUUUGACAGGGCUCUCACUAAGGACCCAGGGAGUGGGGACUUCACCCCUUUUCUAUGAGCAUAACCCUGUAGUUACUUUCAUUGGAAACAAAAGGAAUAUAGAACUGAUUUCCUAAAUGAUCAAUUCCCACCUAUGAAUUUCAUAUACCUACUAACUUGAAUUUAAUAUUGUAGUGACAGUCCUGUUGGAUCAGUCCAUAGCACUUUAGUUUUCCUUGAUAGCUGUGAUAUUAUUGAAGGUCUCAUAGUUGUAUCAUCUCACCAUCCUGACCCCAUGAAUGCAUUUGCCACCAUGAGCUCACAGCAGUUAGAGCAGCAGUCAGAACAACAUGGCCAUUUCAGAUGGUUCACCAGCACUGUGUUUAAGUAUUACCUGCUUUUACAUGAUGUCAGUGUUGGAGAAGAGUCAAAGUAAGGAUACUGCAAUAAUGUUCAACCUGAUUUGUGGCUUUUUAUUUAUUAAAUAAUCGUUUAAAAAAAUUCAAACAAACAUAUAUUGUAUGCGUGACUUAAAACCCCAACUAGUGAACUGGAUCAAUAUUUUAUAAACAUUACUGAGAUGUUGAAAUUGGAAAACAUUAUGUAUAAAGAAACAAAUUUACCUAGUGUUCAGAUUGUGACUCAGAUCAUGCCUUUCAGACUGUGAGGUUUAUGCACUGACCUUCAUGUGUACAUUGGCCAGUUGGAUUCUCUCUUAAUCACUGUUUCGUGGGAGUUUGACUGUAUGGAGCAAAGUUCCCUGUUUAGAAAAAUAACAUGCAUUCAUGAACAUGAUGGCGGCCUGGCUAAGAUUUCAGCUCGCUAACCUAGUUGUUUGAAAGGUAGAUAACGUAAAGGCCACGCGAGGGGAAUAUGUGAAGGGGAGAGGAUGCUCCUUCUCUUUUCAUCCCCUUGCAUGCGCUCAUCCUCGAAUUUUCUCUUUUCUCCCUAAAAAAAUACCGGUGCCUGCUACGCAGCUAUGGAUAACUCUAUCGCUGGGAUAAAUCUCUAUCCACUAUCCAGAUAGUGCAAUAAUUGGUUUGUGUAAUACUUAUUGUCUAGAUAGUGAUUUAUCUCGUGUAUAACACUAUCCAGCUUUUGAGCAUUACUGAGGGCUGAUCUGAAGUCAUCAACCACUGAAUCACCCAUGUUCACUUUGUAUGUCAUGUAUGUCUUACAUUCUUUGAUAUGCUUUGCAGGGCUGAAGCUGUUUAUCAAAGCAUGAAGUCUGUCUAUGGUCCAAAUGCUUGUCACCUUUUACAGAUCAAUUCUGUGCAUCACAUAGGUACCAAUCCCAGACCUAACCUGCCUGAUCCAUGGAGUCAGUUUAUCAUACCAACUAGUGAGGACACUUUGGUAAGAGACUACAUGUAGUUCUAUGUUGUUUAAGUGUGUAUAGUAUAGUCUAUAUAUAUAGAAUUCUGAUAGAUUAACUUUACUUAAGUGCCAAGGUAUUUAGCUAGGAAAGCUAAUGGGGGACACUAAAUAUAAUCAAAGUAAAGAUGUUAUACAGUUUAAAUAUAACAAAUACUUAUGAUAAAAAAAAUAAAAAAGAAUUACAGUCAAACCAGGUCAAGCGUACCCCCAAAGAACCCAUUAAUGAAUUUAUUAUUCAAAAGUUGAAUCCGUUGCUAGUUGUAGAUUUCAGAUUGACCUCUGCAUUCUUGUAUGUGUAAUGAGCCGUGCAUUCACACGCGAGGCAGUUAUGAAAUUUGUACCAGCUUCAUUUUCCUGAAAUUGAUGUAAAUGUCUUCUAACAAACUUAAUCCAUUCAAAGAUUUCCAAUCUGACCAAAUACAGAGAAGUUCUCGUAAAAUAUUCACUGCUCAUUACGCAUGCAGAAAUGCCGCUUUGAAUUUGACACCAGUUACGGGAAAGACUAACGGAUUCAUUUUUCAAAUAAUCAAUUCACUGAUAGAAUCUUGGGGGGUACGCUUGACUUGGUUUGACUGUAAGUAAACACUAUGUACAAGUACAGCAGUUGCAUGCACCAUCCAGCAGGCUUGACACAUCAAGAUUUCAUGCAGUUCCCAUAAAUGCUCUAAGACUAGUCUUACUGUGUAUGUCUUCACUAAUUUUGCCCCAAAGAUAGGGGCCUAAAUAUCUGAUACUCUGCUUGCCAUAUUUAACUGUGCCAUAUUGUGGAACAGGAAAAUCACUUCACAAGUUAUAAUGUUUAUCCUGUUUACAAAAAAUGUUACAGAUGUGUUUUGGAGCUAGUGAAUGUUUAGCUUUUUACAUUAAAAUUAAAAUGUCUUGUAAGCUUUUGUAUGCAAGACUAGGAAGGUUAGCCUUGUUUAAAAGUUCUUCAUAUGUAGCAGUCCUGUUAACAAAUACUGUCUGAAAUACUUGCUCCUGUAUUCUUUGGAGUUUAGCUAGUGAUGUCUUUCUAUAUCUACUUAUACAUUCCUUGGUGGUUUUGUCCAAGUAAACAAACUAAACCAACCAUACCUCGCAUUGUCUAUUUCACAUUGUGUAUUUAACUCAUCAGUGUAUAUACGCUAAGCUUUCACAUUCAGGUGAAACUUUGUUUCUCCAUAAAAUGCUUGCAGUCUUCAUAUACAUUUCCCAUCAUUUGUAUUGCAUUUCACAUCAGUACUAUGUGGCCUUUGUGAUUUUAUUUAACUGAAGAGUACAUAACAGUUUUGAGAAUCCCAAUUGGCAGUAGGCAAACCAGUGAGCUGUUUCCCAGGAUAUAGAGGUAGCGGUCUUGAAUUAGGGAUCUCAGGAUGAGAAGUUCAUUGAUCUGACCACUAAGCCGUUUCCUUAUACUUUCAUAUGAGAGAGUUUAAGCUUCACAUAAUUAUAUGACAAAUGGCAAACGUCAGAUUCAAGCUGAGAAUUUCUCAAAAUAGAAAAUGAGUGGACAAAAACAGCUCAAAAUAAUUCUUAUGGAUAAAAAAAAUAUUAUUACAUGAAACCACUAAUUUAUGUGUAGAAAUAAUGAAAAGUAAAAUAAAUGACAAGUAAAGGGAAUUUUGGUCAUUUGGUACAAAUUCGUAUUUGCCUUUUGACGUAAGUGUGAUGCUUAACCUCCCUGUUGCUUUUCCUUUAACCAGGACUGGGAUGAUGAUGAAGUAGGUGCUGAUACCCAGACAGUGGAAGAUGAUCCUGAGAAUUGUGCUGUUGAUGAGAACUUUGAUCCUGAGGCUGCUGUUGAAGAAACAGAGGGAGGACCUGGGCGUGUGCGCAGCAGUUCUGGUCCAAUUCUGAUAGGUCCGCUGUCAUUUGAUGACAGCCCUGAACCAGAGGACAAACUAGAGAAUGAAAUACCCCAGAAGAAUCUUUCAGGGAAGCAAACCCCAAAACACCAUCAUCAUCUUGCCAGCCAUUAUCGAUAUUUUUCCAGCCGUCAUUUCUCUGGGGGUACAAGGGGGUCAUCAGCUCAGAGAAAUCAUGGGCUGUGUUUGAGUCUUAGUGAUCACGACAGGAUUAAGAUAUUUGUUCAUGAGCUGGGUUACAGAGGAUUAUUGCAGUACAUGGAGAGGCUAAUGCGACACCUUAAUGAGCAGGUACACUGUACACAUUGUGUAAAGUUGGGGUGUUUUUAGUGAAGCUCUUUAUUCACAAGAUUGCUUCAUGAAAAUCAAAAUUUUAUAGUCAAACAGCAAAACCGUGAACACUUGAAAUAUUUCAGAAAUGUUUAUUGUGUUACAACCAAUCACAGCCAAGAUCAGGACAUGCUAACUAGUCAUAAAACCACAAACUAAUUUUAAAUGUUCUUGCUUGUGGUUUAGUUUCUCAUUUCUGAUUGGAUUUUUUUUUGCAACACAGUAACAUUCCAGAAAUAUUUCUCGUUUGCACGGUUUUGCUGGUUUGACUGUAAAGUUUCAAAUGUCAUUUUCAAAAAAAAAAAAAAACAUUAAGCAUCGUGUGUAAGUGCUGCUGUACAGGUUUCAAUUCAAGCUUUCAAUGCAGAUUUUUGUCACCAGACUCAAAAGUUAGAACUGCAUUGUGUGGUGCCUCUUGCAAGAGAUUCUGUCCUUUGGAUUUUCCAAAAUUUUCACAUAUCCCCUAAAAAAUAAAUGUUUCCAUAUUUAUAAGUUCAGUUCAGUCAUUAAAUUUUCUAUCUUUUUCAGAUUGUUUCCCGAAAAGGCCUUCAUCGUUAUUUUAGUGGAGCCAAGAAGUGGUUUAGUGGAGGGAAACCUGCUGGGCUUGCUUCUGGAUUGGUUCCAGGAAUUAUGUAAGUUUUAUCUUGUAAAAGCAAUGUAACAAAGCCCUUCUUAUACAAAAUAAAAACUCCAAGAGGACCGCAGCAGGGAUCCAUGUUCUCAGUCAUCCGGUCGUCCCAGACAACUACAAUCUCGUAUGGACAAUUACAAGAUAACUUCAAAAAUUGCCCUUCGGACGAGUGAGGUUAAUAGCAAACUUUUUUAUUUUAAUUUCAGCUACACCAGUGAUGCCCCAGAAUUGUAUCAGCGCAAACUGGGUGACCUAGCUUUUCUAGUGCAAAAUUACGAGCUAGCUUACAACUGCUACCACACGGCCAAGAGAGACUUCAAUAAUGAGCAUGCUUGGUUUUAUUUUGCUGGAGCACUGGUAAGAGUGGCAAUGUUGCCAUUAAUUUUCAGCUUAAAUAGAGAUUACAUAAAAAUGAUAAAUAAAAUUACAGUUAACUCUCUCUAAGGUGGACUCCUUUGAGACCAGCACUACUCGUAUGUGCUGUCUUAUAGAGAUGUAUUUUGUCUUCUAGAGAGUCAACUGAAAGGAGUACCGUAAAUGAUCGAUGAAGAGCCACUACUUGAAUAAGUGUUGCUCUUGAGUAUCUAAUCAUUUGGGUAUUUAAAAUUAACACCCGACCUUUGUUACAGCACUUUAUAUAAAGAGAUAUCAAAACCAUAUCACUUAAGAAAUAAUACCUCUAUAAACUUGUGAGUUGUAAAGUUUUGAUGUAGCUAGGGAAACUCUUGAAACCAGGUUUUUUAAAUUAACAGUUCGAGGUGGACAAAUUUUAUAUUAAAUGGUGCACACCUUGCAGUGUACAAUGUGUAUGCACCUCACUUAAUAGAGAGGAGAAGUCGUUACAUCACGUUGCCAUGGUAGCAAAGUUUUGGAUGACAUCAAAGCAAACAAAGCAAAAUUAGGAGGUUUCAUUUCGCAGUCGUGCAACGAUGGCUAAGAAAAGUACAAAAAAAGUUGUUUCGCUAAUGUAAAUCUAUCAGGGUUUUUUUUUGCCCUUCUCGUUACUGUUACUGUUGUCGUUGCUUAAUCUUAGGCCUAUUGUUGUCAUCCAAAAUUUGGCUACCAUGGUAACUUGACGUCACACUUCUCCUCUCUAUACUCUCUAUAUUCUCCUCAGUGUUUUACUCGUAGUUGAAAUGAGUGCCGCUCUCGAAUAAGCGCCUCUCUCGUAUAAGCGCCACACCUAUAACAGGGAAAAUGAAAUAACCACCACACAGCGUUUAAUCGAUCAUUUACGGGACCAACUCUAAAACCCUCAUUUUAGCGAGGUGUGCAUCUUAAAGAAGUGUCCAGUAAGAGGGAGAGAUGACUGAAUCAAUGUUUUUCUUCUGCAUUGUAAAAAUUGGAUUUGACCCAUAUGGGUGAUUACCUUGAUCUGCUAAAAUUUUUAAUCUUAAAAAAUGAAAUUCUUGUCUUGUCCUUCUCACUACAAGCAUAGUUAUUAGAGGAGACUGGUUAUGAAAAGCGGCAAACAUCAAUGAUAAAAACAACAGUGCAGCAGUUUAUGUUCAAAGCACCGUGAAAGUGCACAAUCCUUUGUUUUCUGUUGGCAAAUUGUUACGGAAUAAAUUAAUGCAACGUUUUUAUUGGUCAAUACAAUCAAAAUGAUAGGAAUUCUUUUGAACGUUGUGCACCUUCAGGUCCACAAAAACAUAUAACAAAGGAGUCUGACGGGUUUCAUAACCAUUCCACUCAAUUAACUAUGCUACAAGUAGCCUUGAUUGAAUUGCAUUUAAUUUUGAUUAUUUUUUGUAGGAAAUGGCAGCUAUUUCAGCAUUCAUGGCCUCAUAUCAACGCAACUACCCCACCCACUACAUGGAGACAUCCAUCACCACCUACCUCAAUGCCUGCAGGUAUUAUGCAUGCAUUAUUAUUAUUUUUAAGGGUAAUUGUUUAAGAAGCAAUUAUAGCACUCGGGGUGGUCGGAUAUGCCUUGAGCAGCUGUGCAAUUUUUAUUAUGAUUUGUUAACUCGGAACGUAAGUUAAACAGUUUAUCCACUGUAUAUUUACUUUUAAUGAUGGGAGACAUGAAGCAAUUGAAGAAAGUACACUGCCAAAAUUUCUUGAAGUAAUUGUGUCUCCUUUCCUAAUUUUAGUAAUAUUAAUUAUUCUCAUUGUAAUGUUUUUGUGUGACUGCUCCAUCCAGAUUAGCAAAUGCUACUUGCAGACCAGUAAUGAAAUUAUUACUGCUCCUGUAUACGUAUGUGUUAGAUUAUCUUGAAUUGUUGACGCCACGUGUUAGUGUAAUUGAAGCUGAUCAUUCCUAUUUCAAACAGUAUCAUUUCUCUCUUUUCUCAAUGUGUUUGUAAAUUUUCUCCAUUUUCAGACAACACCAGUUUGCUAUAAGAGCAACUCUCCUUAGCACUGAAGCACUCAAGUCACGUAAUAUCUUUUUGGACCCUGCGAUGCAGUUCAUGAGAAUGACUGCUGAGGUAGAUUAUUGAUUUACAGCUGACAAGACUCGAGCUCUGCCCAUCCAUUAAUCUUAACAUCAUUUAUGGUUUUUUGUGAGACAUCAUGGAAGGGGCAGGGAAGAUGAAAGAUCUGGGGUAAUGGAGAGGAGAAGUUGUUACGUCACAUUGUCAUGGUAGCAAAAUCUCUGCAUGACACCAAACCAAAAGUAUGACAUAAAGAGUGAAUUUGCACUGUUUCAAACUUCAUUGAUCUUAUUCAAUUUCAUUUAAUUUGUCAAAUUGUCUGGGCUUGAAUCCAAGAGGACUGUAUCUAAGUUUAAAAAAGAAAAAGAAAACUUUGGUGAACAUUGUGUUUACCUACUCCAUAAAGCGGGCGCUUGAAAUUAGGAAGUUUCACGUCACAGUCAUGCAACAAUGGUUAAAAUAACUUACGGCCACAAACCUCAACCUAAACCUUAAAAUAUCUAUUUUUUCAGGAUUCUGAUCUUCUGUGUGCCCUUCUUUUGGAGCAAGCUGCCCACUGUUUUCUUCACACCAAUCCUCCUAUGAUCCGCAAGUAUGCUUUCAACAUGAUUUUAGCAGGUCAUCGGUACAGCAAAUCAGCCCAGGUACAUAAAGAAAAGGGUGCUACCAUUUGGGGUUAUUAUCGUGAACUUUUUGCUCUUACUACAGUCUAAUUAUUGUUUGUUAUCCAACAGAGGAAGCAUUCUUUGAGAUGUUAUCGUCAAGCCCUUUAUGUUUACAAUGAAAAGUCAUGGCACCUUGCUGAGGUUUGUGUCUUAUUAUUAUUAGCCUUUUUGUUUUUUACCUCAGUUUUUUUUUUCUGAGGAAACCUUUUACCGUGGCAGGGUUAGCUCAGUCGGUAGAGCGCUUGACUGCAGAGCGGGAGGUCGCGGGUUCGAUUCCCGGCGCUAACUGAGAAGUGAAGGUACUUCCUUUGCCCUGCAAAAGCCUAGACCUUCGCGUGGCUCGGAAGACCACGUAAAAAUAGUGUCCCUAAUUAGUACUUUCGUGCUAAAUACAUUGACACUCAAAUAAAGUGCAUUUUCUGUAUUUUUUUGUUAGCUCCGUUCUAAUUGAUUACAAAUCCUGGACUCAUUUCGGGGCGCAAGAAUUCUAGCAGAGCCCGGUGGCCUAUGCUUAACAUUAAAUGUUGCACUUAGGCAACUAGAAAUCUUAGUUUUUUUUCAAACAAAUCAUAUGCUAGGCACUUAAGAUUUUACAGGUUCAUUGCAUCAGGCUUCCUUCUACUUUCUUUAGAAAGCAGCCGUAAACAUUUAAGGAAAUCUAGACUCACAUUUAGGGCCUGCUUACACGAAGGUGGGGGACUCCAGGUAGGUGAGGUAACCCGCAGCAGGUCACGCCAUCUAUCAUGUAAACGUGAUCAAAUUAAAAUGAGAGAUUAUAUGGACGGGCGGGUUACCCCACCUAAGCUGGUUACCUCACCUACCUGGGGUCUCCCACCUCCAUGUAAACAGGCUAUACGUCGAAAAGUCCCGUGCAUAUAUAGCAUUUUUGUAACUUAAUUUAAAAGCUGUUGGUGUUGGCCAAGUUUUGUAAUCUUGCUGGCGUCUUCUCUUUCUAGGACCACAUUAACUUUACGCUUGGCCGACAGUCAUUUAACUUGCGUUUGUUGGAGGAUGCACAAACAUUCUUUAGACAACUUUUAGAGUAUGAAAGCCUUCAAGUACCAGACCAACAGGCUUCCUACCUCAGGGAAUUUCUAUUUGUUUUUAAGGUAUUUAUUGAAAGUUAGCAGUAGACUGUGCAAGGUAUAAACGAAGGCCAGCUGGGGUUCAAUUAGCCUUCCACGCAGUCGCUUUUACGAGCUCCCCUAAAAACGCCUGCGUGGGACUAGGCUAGGGUUCGUUGAACUUAACUUGUAUGAAUGUACGUGUCAGAUCACAACUUCCCUCAUCCCCACCCUUCUCGCAGACUUAUACAGCCUGAACAAAGACAGAAAAAGCACCUGUGGAAAGAGACAGUAACACGAGAUUAAUCUCUGUAUCUUCACGGGCUAUUUAACAGGCGGAGAAAAAACACAGCGUUUACUCGUGGAAAAUUUGCAAUAUGAAGUUAACUACAUUGUAAAAUCGAUGGAUCAUCGCUUCAAGAAAAUUUGCUUCAAAACGAUUAUCUCUAAAAGCCGUUAAAUAAUACAACAGGUGCAAUGGUAUCAAGAUUUUGUGUAGAAAACGUCUUUUAUUGUCUUGUUUUUUUUUUGAACUGUGACUCAUUGGUUAUGGACAGGGACUCGUGAUUUUUCACAAGAUGAGUUCCAGGACUCACCAUGACUAUUUGUAAUAAAAUCACUGCAAUUUCAUCUCUUUCAGCAACUGAGUGAUAUGAAACCGAAGGAGAAAUCACAAUUAGAAAGACUUUCUGUUUUACCAUUGCCAUUGAUUGAGCAAGAUUUAACAAGAGUUAUACCUUGCUACCAACAUGGAUUGCUUCCAAGCAAACUUAGAGACAGAAAGGUUAUGAACAAUACGCAUGAAUCAAAAGACAACUUUUUGAAUCAAGUAUUCACUGCGAAAGAUGAACUCGAAAAAAAUCAUAACUGGACAUUUAUAGGACUUGCUUCUUUUGAGGACAACUUGGACCUUAAACUUGCGCAGCAUUGGAUUCAACUGGAACAAGAGACUUUUGAGAGUGUGAAUAUCACUCCUUUGCCUCCGUCUUUUCGUCCUCAUAUGCCAUAUCUGAGCUGCAAGACAGAUAACACAUCAAGACCUCUCUGUGUUGUUAGAGGUAAAUGAAAUGAAUUUAUUUCCUACCAAGUCAGCGAAAAGUUACUAGAUACUAAUACAUGUACCAUGGGGUUCUCCAGCAGCUACAGCAACUGGCCAAAAUCGGCAUCGGUAUUUCCAGGCCACCAUUCUCACAUGUUUCCUCCGACAAAUACUUUGCUCCACAUUCUCAUCCUCCAAGAACCAGUGAUAAAAUCAAACAAACAUAAAAUCUCACCUUUCAAAAUACAGAAAGAAAUAUUUCCAUGCGACAGUAUAGUUUAAUUUAAGUAAAACACUGCUGGUGUUUACCCACAGACAGGGAAGGGUAGGAAGAAUUUCUGUUCUGGGUAUGACGCAUUCACAGUGAUAAGAUUGUUUUACUCCUUGAUUGUUACUCCUGGCCUUACCAUUCAAGUUGUGUUCGUGUUUCAGAAACUGUUGGAGUUGAAGUAGUUUUGAAAAACCCGUUAAAGAUUCCACUUAACCUGACAAAUCUGUUAUUACUGUGGACAUUCACCCCGGAAAAUCAACAAGAAAGCAUCUCCAAUGAGGUUAGUAAAGCUCUGAUUACGUACAUGACAGUGCACUCAAGUUUAAAUCCCAAGGGGGAGCUGCCACCCAACAAUGAAUCAUCAACUGCACGACAUAAUGUUAAUAAUAACUAUAUAGGCGUACGGUCACGUGAUUACCAAAAUCUCUUGGAUGGGUAGACUCUGACUACCAAAUUUUCUUAGGUAUUUGGCUACGCUCGCGCGUGGAGCUCCGUUACUAUUCUUGGUUUGCAGUCACGGGACAAGGCAGCCGUGUUGGUUCACAAAACAAUACCAGUUUUUUCGCGCCAAUUUACGUGAAAAAAGAGUUUUAAUUUCCAGGCUAGGGAAAGGCCUUUGUUCUUGUCAACCAACAUGGCCGCGGUCGUGACGUCAGCAGAAAACCAACAAUAUUAAUUUGUGCCCUUGUCAUUGAAGUUCUCUUCCAGGAAUGAAGUUAUUAAAACAGAAGUAAUCAAGAGUUUUGACAUCAAUGGGACUGAGACAAAACCCGUAAGUAAAUUUUACGUCGAUUUGAAUGACAUUUGAAGAUAGAAAAUUGUUACAUGUGUGAAUGUUCCGACGCAUUUUGCUUCUACAAACCUUUUAGUCAAAAGUAACUGAGCAAGAAGAUCGGUAGGCUUUCUCAGCGCAAAAUUUAAAUUCUGCCUGUAAACCCUAACAUCAAAAUUUAAAUUCUCAUUGUCAUCCCUUUUCGUUUCUUGAAGAAUCAGCGGGGAGAAGUUGUUAAAUUAUCAAUUCAAUUCAUCUUCUGUGAUCAUAUCUUCAUAUUCUCUUGACCACUCUGUUUUAUGAAUUACAGAUAUCAUUGGGAGAAAUUUGAUCUUAAUUAUUCUUGAGGCUUAAGGGUUAGGGUCAAAGAGGGGCGCUUAUUCGGGGUUGGAUAAGUGAUUAGGUCUCGUAAAUUUGCUUUGCACAAAUAAUUCCUUGGAAUACAGGCAACACUGUGCGAAGGCGGAUACCUUUCUUUGGCACUCACUGUUUGCAAAAUGAACUUUCUGUCAUUUUUUAACUUUUAAUAACAAGUUGUAUACAUGAAGGUGUUGUUUGAUACAGGCUCGUAUUAUACCGGUCUAGACUGGUCGUCUUUGCACACUCUGUCUGUUUGCAAAAUGAACUUCCUGUCCUUGUUUAACCCUAAUAGUGACCGACAACAAUUUUCUCCUAACGAUGUCCAUACAUUGUCAAGAGAUAAAGUUAUGAGAAUUAGUAAAAUGAUCACCUAAGAGAAAAUGCCUUGAUUUUUUAUCAAAUUCUCUCAACUAAUUCUUAAAGAAAAUGUAUGGAGAUCAGUUUGGAGAAUUUGCAUGUGGAUGUUGGGGCUUAAAGGUUUAACUUUUGAUAACAAGUUAUUUACAUGAAGGCUUUGUUUAAUUCAGGCUCGUCUAACACUCAUACCGUACCAGACUGGUCGUCUUGACAUCACAGGAAUAAAAUACAGUUUGAGUAGUGUGGCUAUUAAUGGACCUGUUGAAGAAAAAUUCUCCACAUCUACUGCCUCAAAUUCAGCUAUGGCCGCCGUCAGUAUUUUGGGUAAAAACGACUUGACAGUGAAGGGCCAGAGAAUGAAUAACACCAAAGCGGAGAAGACCAGUGUUACCUAUGGGAAGGACUAUCGUCUUAACUUGGAAGUGGUGUCGGCGAUGCCUCUACUUGAGGUGUGUACUGAUGCUUUUAGUAGAACAGUACUGCUAAAAUAUAGAUUAAGGAUUAUUACUUUAUUUGAUUAAUUGCCAACGACAAACGCAACCCACAGAUGGAUUCGCCCUCGAGAUUUAAACCGGGGCAAUAUAGGUGGGAGACAAGAAGUCUCAACAGUGCCCCAUCCACCCUUGCUAGCCAAGAGAACAUGCCUUGGUCGGUAAGGGUAAUUCAUUUUUUUGGCCUGCCUCCAAACGGUAAUCCUUACCAUUAGGCUAACAGCAGGCAAGGAAGAUUUACACGUACAGCGUACAGCUGUCAGCAACAUUUGAUUAAUUGUCGAGACCAUUUAUGUUAUAAACGAGCCUUUAAACUUAUAAUCGAUCGCUAAGUCCAUAUUGCGUUCACCGCAGGUUCGCUUUGCUGGAUUUCCAAGUCAUCUUCUGUGUAACGAAGUGGUGCAAACUGUGGCAGAGUUCACAAAUUGCAGUGAUUGCCACCUUGAGAAACUCUACAUCACUACGCCCAACCCAGAAUUCUUUACUUUUGGGCGAGCACCAUUAUCAGCGGGUGAAACUACAACAGUGAGCGAUGUUAAAUGUGACUCAACAGUGGAUGAUAUCACUCGAGUCUCCAAAGUUCCCAUCCCGGAGGGAGGUCUUCCCCCAGGGAGUUCUACCAAACUACCGGUCUGGGUUCAUGGUCACAAGAAGCCUGGCAGAUUUAAGCGCGAGGUGCUGUUUUACUAUGUGCCUACGGAGAAUACGUCUCUACUGAGGUGAGUUGUACCUUAAUUUAUCAUGGUAUUUUAUCCUUAGUUUGUUAUUUCAUCAAGCCAUAAGUUGCGCUGGAAUCGCUUGUAAGGAUUCUGGCCAUCAGCUUCGAAAAGUCGCUACCUGUAAAGAGCGCAGGCAUCCCAAGCAGAAAAUGCAAGUGCUCAUGUGAACUUAGCCUGAGUAACCAAAAUCCGACGAAGGACUUUUUGAAAGUCUAGGCUGAUAGAGUUAUGCCGGCCCUAACAGUGUCAGUUUUGGUGAAACUGUUGGUGUCGAUAGCUAACUAAUUUAUGGUUUAAUUUUCUAGAUAUCGAGUACUUCAACAUGCUUUCAAUGUUACCACAAAUAGUUCGGUUGGUGUGCAUGCCACUGCAAGACGGAACAGACAUUCGGCUCUAUCGCAGAGGUAUGUUUAUGUUACAAACGUAAUGUAUGUAAUGAGUCAUUGCACUUUUUAAUUGUUGAGGAAACACGUCGCAGAGCGUUUUUUACCCCUUCUAUUCAAGUUCAUGCUAUAAUUUGUCUUUUUUUUCAUUUUGCCCCUUUUAUUUUAGUGUUUCCAGCUAUCCUUUUAUUAAAAAUUUAAUUUUUACGCGUCUUCAAUGCAUUGUAGGUAUUAAAAUUCUAGUUGUCAGGGUAAGCUAAGGUACAGUGAGAGACAGAUGAUGUUUCAACGGCGAAUUUUCCUGAACAGUAAAGAGGUCUAAAUAAUGCUAAAAUUCAUGUUUAUUAUUCUGCAGUUCUGAGGAUCAAAAGUAGCGCUAAACUUCAUGUUCAUUAUUUCGUAGUUCCGAGGAUCAAAAUCAGCUCAUUGUGGCACUGGAUGUUGAAAGUCUUGUUCGGGUUAGUGAACUGUUUACCAUUUUCUGGUCAACAUGAACUAAAACAUUGAUACUUCUGGACCAAGCAUAGGAAACCUCACCGUGUAUUGAGGGACAGUGGUUAAUAGCCUUUGUGGCAGUCGCAAAUUGGGAAGGGGGCGGGGGAGGGGAGGCGUUUGGAGAAAAAAGAUGAAAGGGAAAAGGGAGAUGGUCCCUUCUCUUGUCUCCCCCCCCCCCCCCCCCCACCCUCCCCUUUCCCUUCCUACCCUUUGUGACGCCCUCUGUGUAAGCUGUUGGCGAAGGCUUUGUGGAUAUCCGCAUAAUCCGGGUUUCGCUCGACUCCUCGUGUACUCACAAAAAACGUGCAGUAUACAGAACUGUUGUCGGGGAAUUUUUCUUUCUCUUAGAAUGGACUGAAAUAUGAGAAAACCGUCUGUAAUCAUAAACGAACACAAAGGAAAUACAGGAAAACCUUAAAGGGGACCUACAUACCAUUUAGCAGAUUCAAACGGACUGUCUUCGGAUAAACUUCAAAAGCAUCCACCCGCUCCUUUUCAAGUUUGCAAACAAAGUCAGCUUGAACAUCACGACAUUGCUGUUUUGACGGACUCCUGCAUUGGACCCCUUUCAUUUAACUUGUACUACUUUUUCUCCUUGUUCUUUUGAAUACAUAUACUGACCGCUUUAACUCUGAGUUCCGAGAUGACGUAGUAUAUCGAAAUUUAGCGUAUAGGAGUUUGUGCAAAUUGCCCAGUGUUCAAUUUUUAGAAGAAAGUUCACAGUAUACCCGAUUGGAAACAUUCCCCCAUAGUUUGGUAUGAAGUAAGUUAUAUUGAUUUGCUUGUUCAUUGAACUUUGUUUUGUUUACAAUACAGGGGGACGUUGCCAGAAAACACAUUGAAUUUUCUGUGGUUCAAGUUUCUUGUGCAAGCAGAAAAUGGAUUCUGCAGCCCUUAAGUCACAAUAAAACUGGUACUUUUCAUUUUUCAUUUUGUCGUUUUAUACCUAGGCUUUUGACUAGCAAUUUUCAGUUACUCUCCAGGGGCUCGUGAUAGCAAAAGAGAACUAUAGGCAGAGAGGGAAACGCCCAGUGUAGCCCUUUGAUUUGUGAAUUUCACCAAAGUUAUUUUUAGACCAAUUAAACGCUUGAAAUUAAUCGGCCAGAGAGAAUUCAACAGUCGCCAUUACAAUAUUCUGCAUUGUUUACGUUGGGGCAGUCACACGUUUCAAACAAUCAAUAAAAAUGUGCGGACGUCUCAGGAAUUCUUCCUUUUAAUUACGACCUCUAAAAUUACUUUACUGAAAUUCACAUAUCCCGGCCAACACCCCAAGAUUCCCUCAUUAUUCUCUCUUGGUGAUAGUUGAUGUAGCAUUCCAAGAAAGGUAGUCUCUCCAUUCUUAUCAUCAUUUUGGUCGAACAAGUCUGGGUUUCUCCACAAAUGAAAAACACCCAUUUUUCAGUAUCAAAUCCUUUUCGUUAUUUUCUCGCGAAGAAUGAAAGAAAUGGAUGAUGCGAAGAAUGAAAGACAUGGAUGAUGUUGUACCAAUGACUGUUAAUGCACUUGUUCAGUUGAUCAAUGUAGAUGGCCAGUGUCCUCCUCAGACUAACGUUGGUGUGCUCUUUUCUGUUCACAGAUGGUGCAAUUAAAGUCAGAUAUGGCGAAACCGUCAUGGUCCAGUUUAAAGCAACAAAACGGCAAGGUAAAGAGCCUUUUUUUUUUAGUAUGGGGUGAUUUUCUCACGAACCCAAUAAAUACGAAAUACAAAGUGAAAAGUUUCCUUAGAAAAGAAGUAAAAGCUGCGGUGCUUACUACAUGUAUAAUGCCAGUUUGGGUCCUUCAUCACACCUAAUUUUUAAACAUUCUUUGUUUGUCUAAACAGGUGAAUGCAGUUCCACGGCUGAACUUCAUUUUAGUCACGUGUGCUUCGUGGAAAGUGAGGUAAGCUGGAGGCAGCGUGGCCGAGUGGUCAACGCGCCGGACUCACAAUCCAGUGGUCCUGGGUUCGAGUCCCGCUCCCUCCCAUCACGCUUGAUUUGUUUUUCGGUGUCCCUAAUUCAAAUCCUAGGUCAUUCUUGUAAGUAGCUAACUAAGUGUCUCCUGCUAAUUGCGGUUUUUAAUUCUGUUAUGUUCUAUUUGGAUAUUUGUUGCGCGAAUUUGUACCCUUUAUCAAGUUUCCCCUUUACUUGUCGUUUACUGUUCAUUACUUCUACACCUAAAUUAGUAGUUUCACGCAAUAUUUUUAUCCGUAACAGUUGUUUUGAGCUGUUUUUAUCCGCUUAUUUUCUAUUUUAAGAAAUUCACAACUCUAAUCUCACGUUUGCCGUUCGCUGUGUAUGUGAAGAUUAUACUCUCUACUAGCUGGAAUGGAAACUAAGUGCGCUUCCACUAUAAACAAAUCUUUACCUUUACCUUUGGUUUUGAUUUUUUUAUGUUUUUAUUUGCUUCUUACACACAUUGCAUAAAUAUAGCAACGUAAAUACAAAAGAAAAAAACAAACAAAAUCGUUAAGAGGAAAGAAGAUUAAUUAAUAUAUUACUAGUAAGGUUGCUAAACAGGAUUUAGCGUAAGUAAUUUUUUUGUCGUCUUUUGGAAGACAUUUACCUUUUACGGUCAUGGCGGGAACCCUGUGCACACUUGAAUGGUUUUGCUGUAAGGUAAUAAGUGACAUUAUGAGUAUUUUUUUGUUGUAGAUUCCUGCCUCAUCUUCGCCUGCUGUGGACUUUUUCUUCAGAUCAGAUUCUUGGCAAGAGCAGAAAAAACUUUCACAGCCCAAAGAAGCUGGGAGCGUCGAUGAUGCCUCACAAGUGGAUAUCGGUUUAAUUGUUUUUUGGCAGGUAACUUGAGUCCUAAGUUCUCCUUGGCUUCUAGGUAACAAACUGUGUUCUUCAGUUGCUUCCGCAUAAGUGACUAUAAUUGAGUUAUGUUCUAUAUUAAUCUUAGUGAUCAAUAAGGUGUGGGUUGUGCAAUUCUCACUUAAUGCUUCAGUUUCAUUAUAGACCUUAGAUUUGAGGACGAGAUUUAACUUACAAGUUUCUUUUAGUUUUCUCGAAAAACAUAUACACCUCGUAAAGCUUCGUUGUCCUCUCUGUUAGCAGAAAUAUUACCACGGUUACAUUUAUUGAAGGAGGUUAAGCCCUCUCCCGGUCGCAAAAUGAUAAACCUCUAACUGUUGUUGUUCCCGCCACAACGAAUUUCUUGCUAAAACUCGUAAUAAAAUGACGACGGCUAUCACGUUUUCCCGCCAAAAUGGCGCUUGUUCACCCGUCCGCACUACUUAGUAUUGAGAAAAUUUCGUACUCGUAGUCGUCCUUGUCUUAGAGUCUAAAGAUCUCCAUUUUCUCUUCUUGACCAGACGUCUUACAUAGACAAGGAUUUUCAGCAGCAAAUUGUUAAUGGUCAGAACCAUGUUAACAUCAGCAGAUUGGCGGAAACUGUUUCAGCUGUGACACAGGCUCAGGUAAGAAAAUAACUCCUUGUGUUUAUAUACUGUUGAAUAUGACUUGGUUCAUAUUUCUCUGGAGGACUACUUGAAGCGCACAGGGCUAAAAUCUCCUCUUGUGACGAAAGGCGGCGCGCCGAAAUGUGGAUAAAUCUUUAUAAUCGUGGUCUGUAAACUACGUAGCUUUCUCUCUCUGGGUAUUCUUUACCUUUGUGUCUAUGGUUGUGUGUUUUUUGUUUCUGUUGCUGCUUGCUUUUGUGCCUUGAUUCACCCUUUCAACAUUCUGAUCAUUCAGUGACGCUGACAAGCCAUUGUUCAUGGGUGUCUUUUCAGGUACAGCCCACCGAACCAGUUUCGAAUGAAACAGUCUCACCCAGUGGCUUGAACAACCAAGAAUUACUUGUUAAAUAUUCGCUCCGCCAUCCCGCAUCACUACAAGUGGACUUUAGCACCAGCAGGUAAUUUUAAAGGCCAGAGUUUGUCCGAGUGGAAGGUGUUGAGUGACUGAAUACCUCGAAACGUUUUGUUUUAAAUACCAAAUAAACAUCACUAUAAAUAUAUGGUGAGUAGUGCAAUGCUUCUUCUGUUUGGACAAGUGACCCUUUCACCCUAAAACGUUUGAUAAUGCGGUGCUUUUUUGUACUCCCAAAGCCAUGUUUCAAACUGACAAAAAUUUAUCGGUCCUUUUCGAUCAUUAUUAAGAGGAAAUUGGGAACUUGUUAUUUUAUUGCAUUUUUACCGACAAAUCCUUGGUGGCUACGUUCAAAAGUUUAUCCUGUACCUGAGUUUUACCUGUCAUGUGAUGUUGUUGUUUUUUUGUUUUCAGAUUGGCACGUCUUUCAGUGGAACUCUUGUUGCAUAACUGCUGCUCAAAACCUGUUGAUGUGUUUGUGGAAUUGUUUUCCAGGUUGCGCAUUUUAAUUCUCUAUUGUUUUUAGGGCUGACAUUAUCUUGAGAGCCUUUUCCUUCAACUUGGAGACCAGAGAAAGCCUUUAAUCAAUCAAAGAACCUCGUCAUUUCUCUGUCCCCAUGUUUUGUACCCUCUUCCCCCCUCCCCACUUCCGCUUUUCCUUACCCAAAUCCCUAGUGAUACGACUUUGACUUUGUCUUGAAUAAAAUCACAUGAAAUUCCCUCGAACCCGCUGGAGACUUUUGAAAACGAUGUCAAAACACACGUGCCACAUGUUUUCCUGUUACUUUCAAACAAGUUGUCCCUUUGAGGUCCUUACAUCCCUGUCUUCUUUCUAGUGUUGGAAACUCGACUGCAGUCUUAGAAGAUAAACCUACCGACGCCCAAGACAACUUCUUUUCAUUCGACACGGAUUCCAGUCCUGCGUCAAAAUCGUCUCCCAGUUCUCUUACUUGGAUUGGGCAAACCUCAAGCAGAUUUCACUUGCCCUCAAGCGGAUCUUCGUCGUUGGUAUUCAGCGCUCUAGUUACUCUUCCGGGCGUUUAUAACAUGAACAAUUUUCGCGUCCUCGCGAAACUAUCCGAGGAACUUGAACCUGGGGGCAGUAUGGUUCUUCAGAAGCCUUGUCCGCCCAGCUUUGUGGUUGUUGAGAACACUUCAUGACCUCUGUGGAGAAGAAAAAAAUUACAACGCUUAAGAUGUUUUAUGAAUCAAUUUUCUAGUAAUGUUGAGAGUACUAUAGCCGUCAAUAUCGUUAAUCUGAAACAGUAGAGUACAUUUUACCCCCCAAACCCUAUUUCAGUGAACAACCGAUUUAUUGCUCUUUAGUUUCCUUGUGUUAGUAUUAACUCAUAGGCGACAAGAACUUGAAAUUUUUUGUAACGAAUAUUUCGUAACCUCGGUUGAUCAUUGAAACCUUUGACGUUUCGAUAUCCGAUCGCGUGAUCUUAACCGCUUAAGCGGUUUGCUUUAGUUGCCUUUUAGGACUGCGCAAAUAAAAUCGUCGGGUCCGAUCAGUUUUGCACCUGCCAAUACUAAGCUUGCCACUCUGGCAAAAUUUCCGGGCAUUUUGGUCCAAGUAUGAAUGCUCUGUUCCAGGUGGCUGUUUUCGGGGAAAAAGUGAGCCAACUCUAAAAGUGGUCGACCUGUUAGCGCUGUUGGAUAGAAACUUGCCGUUCCACUUUUUAGAAUUAUCGUCUCCAGCUGCACCUCAACGAAAAGUUACCAAAAUUUCGGUUGAGAGGUAAAUGGAUGCUUUGAUCUCGGUAGAACAUAAUGUUUCGAGCGUACAAUGUUUGUGUCGAUUUUGUUACCUAGGUUAGACCCAAUGGACUUUAGACCGGUCGAUUUGAGUGUAACGGUAGGGUAGGCCCUACUGGAUAGUAGUAGAGACCUUCAGAUUCAAGGAUGAGGGCGAUAAAGAGGAGAUUUAUCUUUACGUUUUUCCUUAAAAAAUAGAUGCACCGGAAAGCUUCCUUGUACUUUGUUUCACCAGAGAGUUGACACUGUUAUUUUUAGUGACGGAGGUUAAGCCCUCCCUCGAUCGCAAACAGUUCUAACAUUUCAUGACUUGUUUCCAAGUCUAGGACAUAUUAAAACGCGUAGUAGAAUGAUGACGGCUACCACCGUAUUUUCCCGCCAUAAUGACGCUUAUUUACGCGCGAUCACUUCUUAGUAUUGAGAAAAUCUCGUACUCGCAGUCGUACUCGUCUUUGAAUCUAAAGAUCUCUAGAGUGUUCUGUGCCAAGGCAAGGCCCCAGUUUACAAACGCUUGUACGGAGCCAGAUAGGAUUACACACGUGGAUCUUGCACUUGGCUUAGUGUUCUUCUCUCAGAUUAACUAUUAUCAUGGGUAAUUUUUUCGGGUAAGAUUUGACAAAAUCACAAAACUGUAAAUAAAAAAGAAAAAAGUAUAAGCUCUAAAGUGUUUGAGCUCGCAAUCAGUAAAUCCAGGAAAAAAAAUUAAUCGCUCGUAAUGUGCUUGUGACUGAAAUCAAAGCGUAUAGCGAGACUUUUUAUGACAUUGUCCAUAGUUAGGUAAAAAAGUAUUUUUAAUGAAACAGUAUAUGUUGUUGUCUUUUCACCAGUGUUCAAUACGAAUUGGAUUUG